ACGUAUUUUACUUUCCCUACAUCUUUCUAUCCACCUAAAUAAUUCUUGCCAAGCACCAACUCAUUUCAGCGCAACAUUUAUCAUCUACAUCAUUCGCGCAACUUUGCGUAUCACAUCCGUUUUAAUCUUACAUCACCAGUCUCUUCAAUUUAUUCUUAAAAAUUGUCAUAUCUUUUAAGAUACCUUAAUCAUCACAAUGUCCGACUCGGAAGGUGGUGACGCCCUCUUUGGCGACGAAGAAAACCAAGAUCAAUCGCUAGAUAAUGCGCUUGGUUUUGAUGAACUAUCUGAUCAAGAUGAUGAUGGAGACCGCGACCGCGACCAUAGUCGACGCCAAGACUAUGACGAUGCCGACGAAGACCAAGAAGGCCAGGAGGUCAAAUUGAAGCACGUUAUGGGUGUUAUGCUUCACCGUCAUAGAAUCCCUAGAGCUUCUAAGGAUGGCAAUGGCUUUCUACAAACCAUGAAGGUACCGAAAUUCCUUAAGCUACAGGCAGAGGAAUACAAACCAGAUACGUACGAGCCCACCGAAUGGGACAUCCAGAACGCGCGAUCCGAGCAACGCAAGAACGUGGUCCGCUUCAAACGCGACCCCGACACCGGCGAGCUACAAAGCAAUGCGAAUAUCUAUCGAUGGAGCGACGGGUCCCUUACCUUGUCAGUCGGAACCGAUCAUUACGAGAUACAAAAGAAAACCAUGGCUCCAAGCACUGAUAAGCAACACUACGAGGAGCGUGAUGAUGCUCACUACUACGUCGCGGCAGCCCACUUUACGAGCGAAUUGUUUAUGACUGUCGGCCACGUAUCUGAGCAAUACUCCGUGAACCUGCCUUCGAAUUUGAAGGACGAGGCUAUUAUGAAGUUCAACCGCGAAAUGGAAGCUGCGGCACGCGCUAAACGACAAGGAGCAGAUAUGAUCUUCACCACCACCAAGGACCCCGAGCUUCAGAAGAGAGAAGCUGAAUUGGCAGAGAAGGAACGCAUGAAGGCACAGCGACGCCAGGAGAGUGCCGCUGCCCGACUUGACGGACGAUCCGGAGGAUAUAAGAGUGGUGGUUUGUCGAUCAGAGACCUUGAGGGCGGACGAAGAGCUAGCGGCCCCCGCAAGAGAGGCGCGCCCGGUGCUUCGAAAGGCAAGCGACGCAGACCGGAAUAUGAUUCCGACGACGACUUUGCUGGAGGUGGUGGUCGCCAGAACGAGUAUGACCGAGAGGACGACUUCAUCGCUCCUAGUGAUGACGAAGAGGGAGGAAGUGAAGAAGAUGAGGAAGAGGACGAUCUUCUAGACGACGACGAAGAAGAGGAGGUCCCCCGAAAGAAGCGACAGAAGACUGCUGAGGCUGAGGACGCUGAUGCAGAUGCUGACGCUGAUCUCGAUGAUGUGGAUGUAACGGCUGCAAAUGCAGAGUCUUCUCAUAGACGAAGACGUCACAUCAUCGACGAGGAUGAGGAUGAGGAUGAGGAAUAAGGGGAAUUGAGUUGGACAUCGACGGCGCGACGUAGAGCCCCAUCUGUAAUAUAUUCAUAAUUGGCAUUACGGGCAUCCCAGAAAAGGCGUUCGCUCUUAGUACUUGGCAUCUAGCAAAGUCGAUUUUAUGGAACAAGUUGAGAUACUCAAUUAAUCCGAAAACUAACAACACGCUAUUGGAAAUAUGCAGGCUGAUUUCUAAAUAUUACCUAGCUCGUUGUUGAACUCAACUCCGCCAGCCGUAUAACAUUAACAUCACUAAAUAAGACACCUGUGGGUAGUACCUAGGUGAUAGAUCGGACCUAUUUUAUACAGAUCGCCGACAUGGAGAAUCCCUGUAAUAGCUGGAUAGCUGCUUAUAAUCAGGGAAUUGUUAGUGGGUAACAGUUGGAGCUUCUUCACAUGCUAGCACCCGAAUCCCCGAUCUAGAGCUUAGAAUAGGUACCUACUAAGCUCUAGCUCGGCACUCGUGAACACAACCCAAAUCAACUACGCA